AUGGAUUCCCCGUUGAAUGGCAAUACGUCUCUCCAGACGUCUGUCUUUAACUUAAACGAGAAUGAGGGCAAGUUCUCCAGCGACACCCUCUGGCUGUGGGUGGCCAUCAUUGCAACUGUCUGCAAUAUUGUGGUCGUGGCAGUGGUGUGUGUCUGUGCCUUUUAGACUCCAUAACAUGCAAGUACACAGCC